CGGAAGUGUACGUCUGCCAUGCAACCGUUGACGUCUUCUGGGCUCUCGUUCAUUAAUGAGAUAUAUUACCACAGUUUGCUACAUUGAGCCUGAGAAAUUGUGCGAAAUACUCACAAACCGUAUUGUUUUUUAACGGGACAAUGAAACCGUCCUUGGAUUCUGACGAGGAGGAAGAAUUAGGAGCAUUACAGAAGACAUUGAGAGAGAGAGCCAACCGCAGUAUCCAGCACCUUUCCAGCAUGUUGGGAGGCCACAGCUCUGACUCUACAGAAUCAAACGAGCACCAGGAAAUGCUGAGCACGCCACUGCAAAACCCCUGUAUGCCAGUUCAACAAAGUGAAGCAGCCAACCAGCUGCGUUCUUUGCUUCAAAAGCAGUCCAAAGAUGCAAAUGUUCAAUCGCCUCUUUCUUCCAAGAGGAAAUUGGUUGCAAAGCAAAGAGCCACAGAUGAGGGCAGUAGCAUUCUGCCUGGUGUUCACGACCUGGUUCCCAUCAUUCACAAUCAGUCUGAGUACAUUCAGCACCUGGAGGCAGAGGUCAAAUUCUGCAAGGAGGAACUCCUAGGAUUGAAACAGAGAGUGAGAGUGGUGGUGGUGGAGAAUGAGAAACUACACCAGGAACUCAAAGCAAAGACAUUGGAAGACACUCUUAAAGAAUACACACUUGUAGACAGCACGCUAAACAUGGAGCCCACACCAGAAAAGACUCCAAAACCAAGACUAAGCUCCUUUAAUCAAGCCGAGCACCAUAAGUGGAAGAAAGAAAUGGAGCAGCUCAAGUGUCUCUAUCAAGCACAAACUGAGACCCUGGAGGCUCAAGUAGUCUCCCUGAAGAAAGACUUGGCAAGCAUUCAGAAGGAGUAUGAGGACAUGAAAGAACGGCUGCGACACAAAGAAGCGAUGGCUGUGGCAGCGGGCAGUGGUCAGCGUGUGGGUGGUCUGUGUCUGAAGUGUGCCCAGCAUGAAGCAGUCCUGGCAGAGACACACUACAAUGUCCAUGUCCAGACCAUUGAAAGACUCACUAAAGAGCGGGAUGAGCUAAUGAUCGUUCUGUGCUCUCUGAGGGCCAGUCAGACUGAGGCCCAGCAGAGAGAAUGGGCAGCCUAUCAGCAGGUCAAACAGGCAGUGGAGAUGGCAGAAGAGGCAAACCUGGAGAAGACAAGAGCACUGGUGCAGUGUGAGCACUUCCACAGUGAGCUGACGAGACAAAGAGAGAGGCUGGAGAGGGAGCUGGCUUCUAAGCAGGACAAGAUCACUCAGGCCAGGGAGGCAUCACGGGCAGAGAGCAAGAAAGAGAAAGAGGAGCUUGCCAAGACUGUGACCAGUCUGUCUCAGAGAGUGGCUGAAUUGGAGGGUCUGCUGGAGAGGGGAGAGAGAGACAGGAAUUCACUCAAUGGCCAGCUGGAGGAAGCCUAUAAGAAGCUCACUGCACAGGAAGCAGACAACAGCAGGGUAUGUGCGGAGCUGCGUUUUCUGUUGAGCCAGGCCCAGCUGAAGAAAGAGGAGGCGGAGAGAGAGGUGAGAGACAUCAGCUCCAAACUGGGCCACCAACUAGAACUGGUCGAGCAGGAAGUACAGAAGCUGGGUGUGGAACUGAGCAGUUGCCGACAGCGUUUGGAGGAGGCCCAGAGGGCAGAGGGCCGAGCUCGGGCGGAGGCAGCCGGCCUGGCCGAGGGGCUAAGCUGUGCUCAGCGCCAACUGCACCUCACCAGGCAGGAGAAGGAGGCGGUAGAGCGCUGCUGCGGCGAGGACAUGGCUGCUCUGACCUUCCAGGCACAGCAGCGCGAACAUGAGCUGACACAGACGCUCCAGCAAAUGGAGGCGCAGCACGAGAGGAGUGUGAGAGAAACAGACACUUUGCUUAGUGCACAGAAUAUCCUGAUCGGAAAACUGAAGGAGGAGUGUCACACACUUGGUGCAAAGCUGGAGGAACUGGCCCAGAGCAGCAGAGCGGAGAUCGAGCAGUUGUCUCUGGAGAGAGAGCACCUGCAGGAGAGCACAGAGAAACUGCGAAGCCGCUGUGAAGAGAUGGAGGAGCAGUGUGUGCAGCAUGGGAGGAUGCACCAGCGCAUGAAACAGAGACUGCAGCAGCUGGAUCAGCACGGUCAGGCCAGCUCUCAGCAGGUGAUGGAGCUCCUCAGCAGACAAAACCAACUCAUGCAGGAGCGGCAGCAACUCGCAGAAGAGAUGCAGAACCUAAAAGUCCAGUUGCAUGGUGAGCAGAGAGUGGAUGUGCUGGCCAUGUGAGCCGGGCAACCCCAUCCCCAUGGCGUCAGGGACACUUUUGGAGAUCAUGUGAUCACUGUAUAAUCGCCAUCACUGCUGCUUCCAUAAUUUUAUUUCUGCCCCGAAGAACUGAUCAUCAUAUGACAUUCCGUCCAAUCAUAGAAUGUUAGAUAAUCAUGAGAGAGGAAAUGCAUAGUAAAAGGUACUUAAUAUUGAGACAGUAACAGUAAUUUUUCACUUAUUUUAAAAGAGCACCUCCACUUAGAGCACUCUUGAGUCAAACACUUGGCCUCUCACACUACAUUAUCAAUUUCAGUGGUUUUAUUGCUUUUGAAUAUAUUAAUGUUUGUUUUCAAAAAUGCAUUUUAUUUGUUUGUGCGACUUAGGGACAGAUUUACUGAUGCCGUUUUAUACUUUUUGUAAAAUGUAUUAUUAAAUUAUUUCCUAAUAUUGUAUUUGAGUGUUGAAUUCAGGGGUGUACAAACAAUCUGAAAAGUGGGUUGACUCAUAAAACAUCAGCUUGGUUUACAAAUAUGAUAGCAAUAGUAGGAUUGCCACUUACUGCUUAUGCAUUUGGUUUAUCGAAGCAACUGUUUGGCAGAGGCUUUCGCUUGGACUUAAAGUUGUCAGUUUAUGUGGCAGAUGUAUUUUUUCCUUUGCACUGUGACCAAGCAAAAUGAAAUUCUUCAAACAGACGCUGAAGUUGGAUCCACCAAUGGCUGAAUAUAAAAGAGAAAAACAAAUGUUCACAGCACUCGGCUUGAUGCCGCCAUCAAUCUGAUAAACUGAACAUGCGUGGAAACGUAACAUAGGUUAACAACACGGAGACCGAUAUAAAGCCGGUAAUAUUUCCAGUACGAUUUUAAAGUACUAUUGUAGGAAGACUUCGUCCAUCAUACAUGUUUACACCAGCUUAAUCAAACAGUAACUAUGUUCUAAGUUGUGUAAGUCAUGAAGCACUAAGCUACAUUUUCUGAAAUGUCAACAGAAAUGUAUGUGUUUAUAAUAAAUUGUUAGACCAUACGUGACAGUUAUGGGCGCUUCAUAUCAAAUCAUAUAAUUGAUAGGCUACAAAUGGGAGAAUCAUUCACAUCUCUUUUUACCGUGAUAAUUCAGAUAGAUCGCUAAUAAUUGCUUUGUUCUGUGACGUGUUUCAAAUGUACUGCAUUUAUAGCCAACAUUUAGGAAACGAAGCAAUCAUUUUGACAAACAGCGAUAUAAUUUAAUUUUGCUGCGCUAGAUGGCGCCACAUGCUCACAGCACUGACUGACGUCAUUAUUUUAAACUGAGCUUUUUGCUUCUUGCGUUUUCAACUACACUGAAAUAUUUCUGAUAUCUAGAUAUCUGCAGGUGUUAUGGUUAUACAUACAAAUUGAUUGAUAUACUAAAAAUAUUUUCUAGGUAAACGUGACAAUUUCUAGAUAAUGAUUUCUAGACAAUUUUCUAGAUGGACUUGAUUUAGAUAAAAAUAAUACCUAAAUUGACUUUGAGGUAUUUUGUUGUUUUCUUAUUUUAUACUAUUAUUUCUGAACAUCAGUGUUAUUUUAAAUAAAUUAGAUUUUUAUUUGUUUUACUUUUAUGCUGUUAACAACUUUCUGUGUGUUGCACUUUUUUGUGUGCAUUUCUGUUUCACACCUUUUGUUUUCUAUACUGAAAAAAAUCUUAGAUUUUUCUAACCAGGUUGCCUUGCAUUCUAAGGAACAUGUUAUUUUAAUCAUGUUGGAGUUACUUUUUUGAAAAAUACCUUUAAAUGUAGGAAAAUCUAAUUGAAGAUCGUCCUUAAGUUUGGAAAAAAUAGAGAUAAUUUUUUUUGCCAUAUCGCCCAGCCCUACUAUAGUAGUGUAUGCAAAUUCAUACACGUAGAUGAUUACUGCACUCCUGGCUGAAUUCCAAUAUUGCUUGCAAAUCCAUCAACAGGUUUUAAGGUGUUAUGAAAUAUUAAGUUAAUUAUUACAAGAUCAAAUAAGCCAAAGAGACACACCAAAACCAAAAGCAGAUUGACAGUUCUUUAUUUAAGCAGUCUUUAAGAAGGAAAAUAAUGUGCAUCCCUAUCAUAUACAUUUACGUGUAAAAAUACUAGGAUGUACAGUGUACAAAAACAGUUUUCUUGCAGAUCAGCUGUUCACCCCCCUGUGGGCCCUAUAGUCAAGGACAUUUUUUUUUUUACAUUUCAGAUGAUGGACAGUAAUACAGUUGUUCUUAUUUUUUGUUAAUCUCCUCUGUGUAAAAUUCUUAACCACACGACUAGUUCUUAACAUGGAUCUAACGACAGAGCUAGCAAGGUCAAGAAAUGUCACAAACUCUAAAGCUACAUGGACAUAAAAUGUAUGUUUUUUGUUUUUGUUUAAGAUUUGUCUUUUUUUUAAUAUAUAAAUACUUUACAAUUCAUGCUCAUUCAUACACUACCAGGUGCGUGAUACAGAGAAAUUGUGUUGUAGACAAUAUAAACAGUAGCAGCAGUGUGCACGCUGAGGUGCAUUUAGGAGGGAUGAGUCCCAUCAUCACACUAGAUUAGUAUUCAGCCCUCCCAGAGGGGGGACUAAUGACUUCUAGGUUGGGUUUACAUAUUAAGUUUUCCUCUGAAACUUUUGAAGUGUUGACACUGGAAAAGCUCAGCUUUGCUAGAAUACAAGAGCAUUAAGGACUCUUGGGGAACAGUUAGUCUGUGUCACCAGGUUUUGCCUCCUGGCAGCAUUUCAGGUCUACAUCCACACCUUUACAUGUUACAGACCACAAUCUCUCUUUAAAAUAAAAUAGCAUGAGGUCCAUGAAGGGCGAAUCUGUGCUUUCAAGUAUUCUCUCUCUCUUUAUUCAUUUUUCUUUUCCUAAGCAGGGACAUUUUUUUUCUUUUGCAGAGCUAUAUAAAAAGGGCAAUGGGUAUGAAAGUGCUACUACAAGCAGAUACAAAGCUGAGUGUUAAAAUAUGGAAUUACAAAAGUGUUUGAUUGAUUUGGCCAAAGCCAAUGGCCCUUCUGCUGUUUAAAUAAGGUAUUAUGUAUUACCAAUAAUUGUCUUUCACAUGCAAGGUACCAUCCUAAAAAAACCUAAUGUUUCUCUACCUCUCAAUGUCUUGAGGAUAAGCUUAGGACCCUUUGGUCCCUCUCAAGUGCAUAUUAAAGUUAAUAAAAUGGAUGAACAGUA